GAUACGCAUCCGAUGUUUGCUAAACAGAUAGAUGGCUGCCCAGAGAAGUUAUUUGCGCCUAAUAUCCGCACAAAGCCAACAAAGAGAUCAUGGCGGCGGUGUUGCAGAGGCUCACAAAAUGAGUCAGUCUCUGCAAGGCUCGCUGGCUCUCGACACAGCUGAGACAUAGAUUUUAAAUGACCAUGGAGGCUGGUGCAGACACACAGCAAAGUGGUGAAACAGCUGUCUCAGAAUCUGAGGCCCAGCAGAUCACCCUGGCUCAGGCGUCCAUAGCUGCGGGCCAGGUGACGUCCAGUAGUCCCACAGUCACCCUUGUGCAGUUACCCAAUGGUCAGACAGUCCAAGUGCACGGUGUGAUCCAAGCUGCACAGCCCUCUGUCAUCCAGUCCCCACAAGUCCAGACAGUACAGAUUUCCACCGUUGCUGAGAGUGAGGACUCUCAGGAGUCUGUUGACAGUGUGACAGAUUCUCAGAAGAGGAGAGAGAUCCUAUCCAGACGACCUUCUUACAGGAAGAUUCUGAAUGACUUAUCAUCAGAUGCUCCAGCAGUGCCUCGAAUUGAGGAAGAGAAGUCAGAGGAUGACUCAGCCCCUGCCAUCACCACAGUCACCAUGCCCACUCCCAUCUAUCAGACCAGCAGUGGCCAGUACAUUGCCAUUACCCAGGGUGGGGCCAUCCAGCUGGCCAAUAACGGCACAGAUGGAGUGCAGGGCCUGCAGACACUGACCAUGGCCAACGCUGCUGCAGCCCAGCCUGGCGCCACCAUCCUGCAGUACGCUCAGACCAGCGACGGGCAGCAAAUCCUGGUGCCCAGCAACCAAGUGGUUGUACAAGCGGCCUCUGGUGAUGUCCAAGCCUAUCAGAUCCGCACAGCCCCCACCAGCACUAUCACUCCUGGGGUGGUCAUGGCGACUUCGCCUGCAUUGGGCACAGCAGGAGCCACAGAAGAGGUCACACGUAAAAGGGAGGUCCGGCUUAUGAAAAACAGAGAGGCAGCCCGUGAAUGUCGUAGAAAGAAGAAGGAGUACGUCAAAUGUCUGGAGAACCGCGUGGCUGUGCUGGAGAACCAGAACAAAACCCUCAUCGAGGAACUCAAAGCUCUCAAAGACUUGUACUGCCACAAAUCUGAGUAGAAACGCCACCAACGUCUGCCAGUGGCUCGACAGGUGCCUGUCUGUCCCAUUGUACAGAGACUCAGCACAGAGCCAUGCGUAUGGAUUCUACUCCCCCUUUUCUACUCUUUUGCUUUCUUUUUAAAGACUGCUGAAAAUCUGUAAAGUGACUCAACAGGAAUAGAAUAAAAACACUUCCCCUCCCACUUCACCAAUUUUACAUCCUAAUUCUGUUCCCAUCAGUUUCCCAUAAAAAGGGUGAGGCAGUGUAAAGAAGAACGGAUGUGGUGGAGACUGCAACGAUACAGGGUCCUUGUGGUGAAGUGGCAGAACAGACAUUGAGGCUGUUUUUGUUUUGCACCACCAAAGGGAAGCAUUCCAGUCACUGGUGCCUGGACAAACUGGGCAACAUCACCAGCAACGGGGAUCCGCUCCGUUUCUAUCACCACUAACGACGGAACUUUUUACAGUUUAAUCUCCCUGUGACACUUGGAUCAUCUUGAGAGGUUACCUUUGUGUGCAACGUUUGUUAUCGUAACCGAGCUCUUGCAUUAACAUCUGUUACUUACUAAUGCUUUGAACUGUAGAUGGGCUGUGUCAUGGAUAUUUUUUAUCUUUGAGCUGUGUUUUGGUUUAUGUACUAGAUUAUCUGCUCUGAAAAUGCCAUUUACUUUUUGUUAACUUUAAUUUUCUUGCCUUGAUACGACAUGAACAAAAAAGCUAACCAUUAAGUAAGGUUGUAAAAUUGUGUUCAUGGUAAUUGCAGCUCUAACAAACAAGGUGAAGAGACUGUAGAACUUGGACAGCAGUGAAUUGGGCAACUAUGGGCGUUAAAAUUUUAAAACAUCCUGUCUUUCUAGCUUUUUUAGCUUUAAAGACACAGUAAUAACAGACCUCAAGAAAAGAAAUCCCACAUUUAUGGAACAUUUGUGAUUACCAAUCUCUUAAAUUGUUUUAGGGCUCUGUGAUGCAUGUUCCCAGGCAUAUUACUGAGGUUAAUUAAUUUAGAUUUUUCCCCUUUCUUCACAAAAACAUCCCCAGAGUUAUAAAAAGGUCAGAUUAGUUUAAACAGUUUAAAUGAUUUACAGUGGGAGUUAACAAGGUCCUGUUAUGGAAUAAUACGCCUCCAGUAAUUUAAAAAAUUAGAAUAAAACAGAAAUGAGCUUUGCUCAUGCACCAGAGUAUAUAAUACAAACAAAAGAGGGUUAACCUACAGUGUUUUGGCUAAAAGUGUUUGUGUUUUUUUAAAUUUUUUUGUUUCAUCCAUAUUUUUGUAUUCUGUCAGUUCAUUUUUUAAAGUUUGUUUUAUUAAUUCCUGCAAAACCAAAAAAAGAGCCUUACGUGUUAUGCAAUGGAUGAAUAUCUGCAUAUUUAUAAACAAAUUUUGGAGACACGUCCCUUUACUGGAAUCAGGGAUUGCCUGGUAUGUUUGUGUAUUUUAUUGUCUUUGAAUAUGUAAUAUCUUCACCUUUUUUAUUGGGAAAGCCUAAAUUAAGUCUGUUUAAGUGGAGAGAAAAAAUAUUCUGCAGUUGGAGGUUGGUAACUGCAAAUAAGAAUCUGAGCUACCAGGUCGCCUCUAUGAAGAGGGGCCCACAGCUGUUAAGGCAUCAGCAGAGGCUGUCUCCAAAUUCUGUUUACAGGAUUACAAAGUGGCAUGCGCACUUUCCUUGCAUAUACAAUCCUACUACAUUUCACAUGAUUUGACAGGAAAGUCUCAUGCAGCACUAACAGGCAAAGCCUGCGGCUGCAAGGUGAGAUGCCUCUAAGAUUUUACUUGAAAGUAACACUGCUAACCAGUAAUUAAUCACAAAGUGUCUGAGUGUUUUGUUGCUUAUUAAUUACCAAGGCAUAGUCACACAUUAAUCGUAAUCAGACGUUUUUAGUUGUGUGGAGCAUCAAAUCUCACCAAGAACAACCCGAUUGCACCUAUCAAACACCCUGCAAAAGGAUUGCAAAGUACGACCAAAUUAAAAACACAGUGAACAAAAUGGAUAUUUUCAUGAUAAUGGAAUGUCAUACUGUAUUCUUUUAGGUAUUAUGUAUAGCCAUGACAUAGUAUGCUUUUUUUAUGUUGCUUUUCAUGAAUUUUGUAUUCACAAUUUCUAAAUGUCAGCACCAACUCGUAUAAUUCAGUGCAUUAUGUCAGAGCUAUUCAAAUAUUACAUUUUUGGCAGCUGGUAAUAAAUGUGUUUCUGGUAAUCUUU